AUGGCCUCGCCGACGACCUCCAGCCCGCCCGAGCCAGCGACGGCCGCGCCGAUCGACACGGUGCCACUCGUGUCCCAGGCCAAGUCGCUCUUCCAGGCCAUCACGGGCGACCUCAAGGGCGCGUCGCAGACCCAAGACAACUUUUCACGCGGCUGCCCCGUCGUCUCGCAGGUCCGCGCAGUCGUCGAAGACACGAUCAUCCAGGACCCGGCGGCCGCCGCCCGCACGCGGAGCCACUUUAGCUCCUUCUCGAUGGACCACUGCCUCUUCCUCUCGCAGGCCAAGUCGCUCGUGCAGGUGCUAAAGGGCGAUGCAAGAGGCGCACUGCAGACCCAGGAGAACUUUUCGCGCGGCUGCGCCGUCGUCUCGCAAGCGCGGUCGCUCGUCGAGUCGACGAUCCUGCGCGACCCUGCGGCGGCGCUCAAGACGCAAGAGUACUUUUUAGGCAAGCAGGGCGAGACCAAGCCGGCGCCGUCCAGCACCGUCGCCGCCGACGAUGAUGAUGAUGAUUCUGCAUGGACGACGACGCGGGAUCCGAAUUUGGAGUGCGUGGUCUGUCUCUCUGCGACCAAGAACGUGCUGCUCCUGCCGUGCAAGCACCUCUGCCUCUGCACGAGCUGCUCGGCGCACAUCACGACCGAGUGUCCCCUCUGCAAGACCAAGAUCGAAGCCAAGACGACAGUAUUUAUCUAG